AUGGCCAGGCUCCUAAGCGAUGAAGUGUACUACAAUGAUAUGCUUGAGCUAGCCUAUAGACUCGCUACKAUGGCUUGCGCAAACAUGAUGCCAAAGCCAUCACCGGACACAUUAAUCGAUCUCUUUAAGGGUCAAGGAUCAGCAACUAUACCUGACAAAGAUUGGAAUGAGUAUAUGAGCAAACUGGGCAUCACUUCUUCACAACUUCCAACUUUUGAGCAAUUUGCCAACCUUGCAUCUGGAGUGACCAAACAGCCAGAGGAGAUCAAGGAUCGUGAUUACAAGCUCUCCAAUAUCAAGAAGCGUCUUAUCGAGAGAAGAGAUGAGUUUGUCAAGUCUCUUAAAGUUAUUCCAACMAAGGACGGCAAAGGGGCAUACUUUGACUUGGGUGAGGUUGUACACAGACUUGCACUUAGAGAGUACGGCACCAGCUCCACGAGUAGCAAUACAAGCAACACAAGCACAACUGAUCCACCCCCAACUACCUCAUCGACGCUGCCGCCACCAGCCAUCCCA